AUGCCAGUUCCCAGCAGGCAUAUAAAUAUUGGUCGUUCUCAGAGCUGGGAUGCUGCCGGGUGGUACGAGGGCCCCUGGGAGAACGCCGAGUCCCUGCGGCCUCUGGGGAGGAGAAGCUCCCUGACGUAUGGCACGGCAGAGGGGACUUGGUUUGAGCCAAACCACCGACCACAGGACGCUGCCCUGCCCGGGGCUGCCGAGCCCUACCUGUACCAGGAGGCCGUUUAUAACUCAGUGGCUGCAAGAAAGGGGUCUACUCCUGACUUCACCUUCUACGACAGCAGACAGGCAGUGAUGUCUGGUCGCAGCCCGCUGCUGCCACGGGAUUACUACAGUGACCCGUCUGGAGCUGCUAGGGUACCCAAAGAGCCUCCCCUCUAUCAGGACCCAGGAGUCAGCCGGCCGGUCCCCAGCUAUGGAGUGCUUGGCAGCAGAACGUCAUGGGAUCAAAUGCAAGGCCGGUCACCUGCCCUGCAGGACGCCGGUCACCUGUACCGGGAUCCUGGAGGUAAAAUGAUCCCUCAGGGGCAGCGGACACACACCAGGGCUGCAUCCCCCGGGCGGUAUGGACGGGAGCAGCCCAACGCCAGGUAUGGGGCGGAGGCGCCUGCCUACCCCCCCAGCCAGGUCUUCAGCGACAUCAGCGAAAGACCCGCUGACCCUGCCUGUGCCAGACAGGUGGCCCCGACGUGCCUGGUUGUGGACCCCAGCUCAGCUACUGCCCCCGAGGGCAGUACAGGGGUGGCCCCAGGGGCCCUGAAUCGAGGCUACGGGCCUGCCCGGGAAAGCAUCCCGUCCAAGAUGGCUUACGAGACUUACGAAGCUGACCUGUCCGCAUUCCAGGGUCCUGGUGGCAAGAGGACCGUGCCCCCUGAAUUCCUGGCCUUUCUGCGGGCGGAGGGGCUGGCGGAGGCCACGCUGGCAGCCCUACUACAGCAGGGCUUUGACUCUCCGGCCGUCCUGGCUACCCUGGAGGACGCGGAUAUCAAGUCUGUCGCACCCAACCUGGGCCAGGCCCGUGUUCUGAGCCGCCUGGCCAGCAGCUGCAGGACCGAGAUGCAGCUGCGGAGGCAGGACCGGGUGGGCCCCCUGCCCCGGGCGCGGUCCAGCAGCUUCAGCCACCGAAGCGAACUGCUCCAUGGUGACUUGGCUUCUCUGGGCACUGCAGCCCUGCAGCCCCAGCCUGCAGGUCCCCUGCAGACAGCAGCCCCCCGAGCUGGAGACCCGGCUCGCCGCCCCUCCAGUGCACCAUCUCAGCACCUCCUGGAGACGGCGGCCACCUAUUCUGCCCCUGGCGUGGGUGCCCAUGCCCCCCACUUCCCCUCCAAUUCCGGGUACAGCUCUCCCACCCCUUGCGCCCUGACGGCGCGUCUGAGCCCCACGUACCCCUUGCAGGCAGGGGUGGCCUUGACUAACCCGGGCCCCUCGAACCCCCUCCACCCAGGCCCCAGAACAGCCUACUCCACAGCAUACACGGUGCCCAUGGAGCUGCUAAAGAGGGAGCGCAACGUGGCCGCCUCUCCGCUGCCCAGCCCUCACGGCAGCCCUCAGGUCUUGCGGAAGCCAGGUGCGCCCCUGGGGCCAUCCACCCUGCCGCCGGCCAGCCAGAGCGUCCACACACCUCACUCACCGUACCAGAAGGUGGCCCGGCGCACGGGGGCGCCCAUCAUCGUGUCCACCAUGCUUGCACCAGAACCAAGUAUCCGUCCCCAGAUCAUGAACGGCCCCCUGCACCCCCGCCCCCUGGUGGCGCUGCUGGACGGCCGCGACUGCACUGUGGAAAUGCCCAUCCUGAAGGACCUGGCCACUGUGGCCUUCUGUGACGCGCAGUCCACACAGGAAAUCCACGAGAAGGUUCUAAAUGAAGCCGUGGGUGCCAUGAUGUACCACACCAUCACCCUCACCAGGGAGGACCUGGAAAAGUUCAAGGCCCUGAGAGUGAUCGUGCGGAUAGGCAGUGGCUACGACAACGUGGACAUCAAGGCUGCCGGCGAGCUCGGAAUUGCUGUGUGCAACAUCCCGUCUGCAGCCGUGGAAGAGACGGCGGACUCUACCAUCUGCCACAUCCUCAAUCUGUACCGGAGGAACACGUGGCUGUACCAGGCACUGCGGGAAGGCACGCGGGUUCAGAGCGUGGAACAGAUCCGAGAAGUGGCCUCGGGAGCGGCCCGCAUCCGUGGGGAGACGCUGGGCCUCAUCGGCUUUGGUCGCACGGGGCAGGCGGUUGCAGUUCGAGCCAAGGCCUUUGGAUUCAGCGUCAUAUUUUAUGACCCCUACUUGCAGGAUGGGAUCGAGCGGUCCCUGGGCGUGCAGAGGGUCUACACCCUGCAGGAUUUGCUGUAUCAGAGCGACUGCGUCUCCUUGCACUGCAAUCUCAACGAACAUAACCACCACCUCAUCAAUGACUUUACCAUAAAGCAGAUGAGGCAGGGAGCAUUCCUUGUGAACGCAGCCCGUGGUGGCCUGGUGGACGAGAAAGCCUUAGCACAAGCCCUCAAGGAGGGCAGGAUACGAGGGGCAGCCCUCGACGUGCAUGAGUCGGAGCCCUUUAGCUUUGCUCAGGGUCCGCUGAAAGAUGCACCGAAUCUCAUCUGCACUCCUCACACUGCCUGGUACAGCGAGCAGGCAUCACUGGAGAUGAGGGAGGCGGCUGCCACGGAGAUCCGCCGAGCCAUCACAGGUCGCAUCCCAGAAAGCUUAAGAAACUGUGUGAACAAGGAAUUCUUUGUCACAUCAGCGCCUUGGUCAGUAAUAGACCAGCAAGCAAUUCAUCCUGAGCUCAAUGGUGCCACAUACAGAUAUCCGCCAGGCAUCGUGGGCGUGGCUCCAGGAGGACUUCCUGCAGCCAUGGAAGGGAUCAUCCCCGGGGGCAUCCCAGUGACUCACAACCUCCCGACAGUGGCACAUCCUUCCCAAGCGCCCUCUCCCAACCAGCCCACAAAACAUGGGGACAAUCGAGAGCACCCCAACGAGCAAUAGCAGAGAAUGCCGGAAGGUAAUCAUUCAGAUACACUUGGGACCAAGAGACAGUGAAAAAUAGAUGAACUGAGAGAAAAAGAAUCUGAUGGUCUUUGUAACUGAUUCUGGACAUAUGCAUCAUUGAUGUUGCAGUGUUAAAACUACAAGAGCUAGAAAACUGCAGAUGUCGUCUGCUUACGGAAGCGCUGAAAGACUAGGAUGUGAUUUAUUAACGACCAACUUCUGUUAUUGUGUGUUAAGUUUUUCAUCUGUGCAUCAAAUCACAAAGAAUAAAUAGAGCUUUUUUCUUUAUCAGUCCCUUGGGCACAGCAGGUCCUGAACACCCUGCUCUACAAUGUUGCAUCAAGAGUUCAAACAACAAAAUAAAAAAUAUUAAGAGGAAAUCCCCAUCCUGUGACUUGAGUCCCUUAAGUCUACAGGGGCUGGAGACCUCUUUUUGCUAAUAGGAAAAUCACAUUACUACCAAAUGGGGAGGAAACUGUUUGCCUGUGGUAGACACCUGCACGCAUAGGAUUGAAGACAGUACAGGCUCCUGUACAGAGGAGCGUCGCUCACAUCUGAACUGCAUACUGAGCGGGCAAGUUGGUUGUAAGUUCAGUAAAACCCUCUGAUGAUGAAAAAAAAAAAAAAGUAUUAAGUUUCACAAGCUGUUUGUACUCAAAUAUAUUUUCUCAGUUUCAGAUCCUCUGCUAUUUUAUUGAGUGGAAAGUCUUGAGCUAAAAGGGUUCAAGAAGAAUAAUGUUGCAUUUCCUUAUGUCUCAGGAAACACUUUUUAUGGUAACUUGUCAGAUUGUCUAUGAACAAACCCACUUUUUUAGACAUUGAUAAAGUCUUCUUUUCUUCACGUGAUAUUUUAUACAAGAACACUUCAGAUGUAUUAGAUGUGACUGAUUUUAACAAAUCCUAUUAGAUUUGUAUCAGCUAGUUCCAUGUUCUGCUCAUAGUCUUUUGUGAAUCAUUGCCUUUUUGUUUAAAAAGAUGGCCUAUUUUGAGCCUUUGUAUAGGUACAUUCCUGUUUUUGUGACAAAAGAAAAACUUUAAAAUUGUCCCAAACAGAAAAAUAAUGGCUAUCAGAAGUAUGUUUUGUUUUAGUGUGAGUUACCGUUACUGUAUUUGUUUAUUGUAAAGGUGGACAUUUAGCGUUCAGUGCAGUUUUCAAUAAAAAGUAAUUAAAAUUUGUUAA